GGUAAGAAAAGAAGGAGAAGGAGGAGGAAAGGAAAGAGAGUGAGAGAGUGAGUGAGAGAGACGGGAUGGAGGGAUUCCUUGUGUAACCUGUGUGGAGGUGAAGAGGUGACUCGACUCUUCUCUGUCUGUGUCCUCUCGCGGUAUUUCCCGCUGUCACCCGGUGAGCCAUUGGAAAUUGGAGUUGAGCUAAUGACAGGCCCUCCAUCACAGCAGAGCACUUAGUGUCUGGAGACGUGCAGCCUCCACUUCCUCAAUACUGGAACUUUAUGCUCUCUAUAUUUUUUGAUUUCCUUCAUUUUAUUUUUGACGGAUUUCCCCCUAAAUAACCUGCCGUUGUUUUCCUCACAUUAUUAUUAUUUGGUGAAUUAUUUUUGACAUGGACUAUCUCUCUUUGCCUUAUGAUUCCACAUCAUAGGGUUUGGCUUUUAUUUCUCAAAUUCAACUGAUAGUUUUUGAUGGAGAAUUUCGCUUUUUGAUGAUUUUUCCACUUCAUUUAUACUCCCCUCAUCUUUGGCUUCCUGCUUGUCUCCCCACUGUCCCCCUGUGUCUUCAUGGACAACAUGAACUCUUUUGUGGAAUACUCCAUCUGUAACAGAUCGGGCCCCGGCGCCUAUUCUGCGCCCAAAUCUGGACAUCACCUCCAUCACCAACACCACCAUCCACUGCAUCAUCAGCACGCUCUGGAUCAGCACCAGACCUUCGCUGUCACCUCUGGCGUCUUCCCCUCAGCAUCCGCCGGGUCACCGUCUCCAGUGAAUGGAACCAGAAGUGACACUUACACCGGGGACGGAAGGCUGUACGGUGGCACCGGCGGCGGAGGCGCGCAUGGAGCCACGGGAGCAACCCAGCAUCACCCUCAUCAUCAUCAUCAUGAGCAGCAACAGCAGCAUCAGCAGACGCACAACAGUUACCAUCACCACCUCCACCAGAGCCAAAGCAUACAAAGCGGAUUAUUGCAUCCCUAUAAUAACGGGAGUAACGGCAGCACCGGGGCCUACGCGGCCCAGGCUUCAUGCGUGAGUACAAACUCGGAAUAUGUUGCAGCGACAGGCCCCGCAAACACCAGCGUGCACCCGCAGUAUUUCAUGGACGAGUCCACCUACUAUCAUCAAUCAACCUUCUCCAGCUCGGCCCCCACUGUGGGCCCCAGCUACGGGGCGCUCGCCGGGGCCUACUGCGGGCCUCAGGGCGCUCUGGCGGGGCCGCAGUACCCGCAGCAGCUCGGCGGGGGUCUGGACGCGGCGAGCUACUUGGGGCUUCAGCACGGGGGAGGAUACGGGGAACUGCCCGUGUCUCAGGAGCGGGAGAGGGGGGACGAGGAGGGUCAGCAGGCCGGACAGGGACAGACCUUCGACUGGAUGAAGGUGAAGAGGAACCCGCCCAAGACAGUGAAGGUCUCAGACUUCGGCCUCGCGGGCGCACACAACAGCGCCAUCCGCACCAACUUCAGCACGCGGCAGCUCACGGAGCUGGAGAAGGAGUUCCACUUCAGCAAGUACCUGACGCGCGCGCGGCGCGUGGAGAUCGCCGCCACGCUGGAGCUCAACGAGACGCAGGUGAAGAUCUGGUUCCAGAACAGGCGCAUGAAGCAGAAGAAGCGCGAGCGCGAGGGCGCGUCCGCCACGGCCCGCUCCUCCUCCUCCUCUUCUGAUACCGGCGGCGGAUUCAGUAAAGACCUGGAGGACACCGAUCAGUCCUCCGCGUCCAUGUCUCCAGGCGCGUCCUCGAGCUCGGAGUCGUAGUGACCGGACCUUAAUUCACUGAAAUAGUCCUUGUUUUGCUUGAGCCACUACAUCUUCCAAACUUCCAGAACUCAUUUUGGAUACUUUUGAUAUUCCUCAGUUUCACAUGUUAGAACCUCCGUCUUAUCUGUGUGUUUAUUUGUUAGUUAGCAGGAUUAAAUGAACAGGUUUUAAUGAAACUUUGUGAAGGGAUGAGGCACAAGCCAAGGAACAAUGCUAUAACUUGGCAGAUCAGACUUGUUUCUUCAGGAUCUCCAUUGCUGUGGUGGCUUUUAUGGCUUGAUUGAAGAUAAUAGGACUCUAAGCGUCUGACUGCCAUUCUAUACUUUACAUUUAUCAUGUUCCCUAAAUCAAACCUUUCUUUUUCGGGACUUGUGUUGGAUUCCACACGUGACAGAAUUAUUCAUUAAGUUAAGUUUUUCCUUCAUAUGCUCUCACCAGCCACUUCAUUAGGUUCACAUGUUCCACUUAUUUUGAAUGCAAAUAUCUAAUCAGCCAAUCCCAUAUGCACUGAGGGCAUGGUCAUGAUGACCUGCUGAAGGACUGGCUGGUAUUUCAGAAACAGCUAAUCUAGUGGGAUUUUCACACACUAGUGUUUACAGAGAAUGGUCCAAAAAGGGGGGAAAUAUCCACCGAGCAGCAGUUUUCUGGGACAAAAAGCCUCGUUGUUGCCAGAGGAGAAAAUUCUGAAGUGACAGAAAGGCGAAAGUGACUCCUAUAGCUACUCGUUACAACGGAGGUAUGAAGAAAACCUUCAAGCAGAAACACUAAAGACCACACCAGUGCCUUUGGUGUCCUCUGUACCUAAUAAAGUGGCUUGUGAGUGUAAACGUGCACAGUGGCCUGAGUGGACACUGUGUGAUGAAGGCAUUUUACAUAUAAGUCAUCAACAUGAGCAAAACUAUGCUCCAUGUGUAAAAUAACACAACAAAACCAAGAACACCUCCAGUGCUUGGUGACAUGAAGACUCAGAUUGAAGUCACCAGCUCUAAUUAUUAAUAAAAUCAUGUAGAUUGUGAA